CGAUAAUACCCAAAUCCAGAACAAGCGCGUACACACUCAGGGCAACAAUGUGUUUUAAGCACGGCUCAAGAAUCCCGAACAGACAUAGCGCUUUCAGACUAUUCAUUAAUAGAGGGUUCCUUCAUGACGACACGCCGCGUCGUCCUCAGCGUUAUACUGCUCUUUUGAAGUUGUAUUUGCGUUGCUUUCAUGACCGAGUUGUCAAAGGAUAUUGAACAAGAUACUGAUGUUCCUGCUCGGAACUAGUGAAUGCAAGAUCAGUACCCUCUAGGUGCUUAUAAGACGUUCAGAAAACUGCCAACGAGUUUACGGGUGGCAAAGAGCCUCACUGUGCAGGAAUUAAAAUACGUCCCUGAAGCUACUCAAUGUAGUGUUUUAUACUCCGUCGAGCGCAUGAUCGCCAAAGUAUGCCCAGAUAAUCUCACGAAGCCCACUCUGGUCGCCAUUUCAGACGUUGCCCGAUACACCCUACUCAAAGCUCUUGAGCUCGCCGCUACCAUUGUCUCGCUCUCUUCAACGAGUUCCUAGCAAAACCUUGUCGGUGAUGGCAAUGAGCGAGCCCUGGAGGUCGGGGAGCUCAAAUUGAAGGGUGGGUCUCUUGAGGCGUAUAAUGAUAAUUAAUGAGUUGCGCUUACCAUACUGGCCAAUGCCACGUCCAGAAUCCACGUAGGCGCCUACCUGGAGCAAGCGCCUAGCGAUGUCUGUGGAGACGAAGCUGAAGCACUCAUCAAGAAGAAGACCCCUGAUUGGUGCUCGCACAUGCGUUGGCAGGAUGUUUACUACAGCUGAAGACGUGUGCUUCCUAGGAAAGGAAGGUUGGACGUUGAACCGCUACUUGUGGUCGUGGAGGGAUGGAAUAACAGGCUCCUGGAUGCUAGAACUGUGAUGACAUUGAGGGUUAACGAUGUUUCUGUGAAGUUGUCUAGGAAAGAGAGGUCAUCGAGAACCUAGAUAAGACGCUUGUUGAUUAUUUUAAUUCUGCAUGGAAACACAGAGGAUUUCCCUCGUCCUGGGAGGUUCAAGUAGUGCGUGUUU